AUGGACGAGCACCCCGGCGGAGGAGCCGCCGCCGGACCUCCGCCGCCCCAGCAACAGCAGCAGCAGCAGCAGCAACAGCAUCAGCAACUCCAUCCGGGGGGGACCGGAGUAGUUCACCCGGCCGUCGGCGGCAGCGGAGGAGGAGGAGGGGGGACGGUGUUGGGGCCGCAGCAGACUGACGACUUGCCGCGACCCCAACAGCAGUACACUAUACCGGGCAUUCUGCACUACAUCCAGCACGAGUGGGCCCGCUUCGAGAUGGAGCGGGCCCACUGGGAGGUGGAGCGGGCCGAGCUGCAGGCGCGGAUAGCGUUCCUCCAGGGCGAGCGCAAAGGUCAGGAGAACUUGAAGAAUGACCUGGUCAGAAGAAUCAAGAUGUUGGAGUACGCUCUCAAGCAAGAGAGGGCCAAAUAUCACAAGCUGAAAUACGGGACCGAGUUGAAUCAAGGCGACCUGAAGAUGCCCAGCUUUGAGUCAGACGCCAAAGACUCGGAAGUGUCGGCGCUUCCCGCCAACAGCCAGCUGACGUGGAAACAAGGAAGACAACUGCUGAGACAGUACCUCCAGGAAGUGGGCUACACGGACACCAUCUUGGACGUCCGCACGCAGCGCGUGCGCUCGCUGCUGGGCUUGUCCACGGCGGAGCAGAACGGCUCGGUGGGGAAGAAGAACCUGCAGCAGCUCAUCAACGGCGACGACGCGCGCAAGGACGUCAAACGGAGUCCGGGCGACGUUCUGGAGACGUUCAAUUUCCUGGAGAAUGCCGAGGACAGCGACGAAGACGAUGACGACGACGACGAUGGGGAGCUGAUGGACGACACGGGCGAUGACGUCAAACAUCGCAGAAAACACAAAAGCAAGGUGGGCAACGAGGGCCUGGCCUCGGAGGAGGACGACGCCGACACGGAGGAGGCGCUGAAGGAGUUUGACUUCCUGGCGACGGCGGAGGACGGCGAAGGCGCCGGCGAGGCGCGCAGCUCCGGCGACGGCACCGAGUGGGCCGAGCCGCUGCCGUUCGCGCCCGGCGGCGGCAAGAACUUCCUGAUGGGCGGGGCCGAGCGCAUCCUGGAGAGCGUGCUGGGACUGGGCGAUCUGGCCGACCUCACUGUCGCCAACGACGACGUUGACUUUGCCUACGACGUGGCGACCAAUCAGGACUCGUCGUUCCGGAAGACGUGGAACCCCAAGUACACGCUGCGCAGCCACUUUGACGGCGUGCGGGCGCUGGCCUUCCACCCGGUGGAGCCGUGCCUGCUCACCGUGUCCGAGGACCACACGCUCAAGCUGUGGAACCUCACCAAGACCGUCGCCGCCAAAAAAAGUGCCUCGUUGGACGUGGAGCCGGUCUACACGUUCAGAGCCCACGUCGGCCCCGUGCUGUCGCUGGCCGUGACGCCCGACGGUGAGCAGUGCUUCAGCGGCAGCGCCGACGCCACCAUCCAGCGCUGGAACGUUCCGGGCUCCGACGUGGACCCUUACGACACGUACGAGGCCCGCACGCUGGCCGGGACAUGGAGGGGCCACUCGGACGCCGUGUGGGCUCUGGCGUACAGCGGCCUCAAGAACCGCCUCCUGUCCUGCUCGGCCGACGGCACCGUCAAACUGUGGAACCCCGGCGAGGAGAACCCCUGCGUCAGCACUUUCAACGCCGCCGCAGAGCACGGCACCCCCACCUCGGUGGACUUCAACGGCUGCGACCCCGCCCACAUGGUGGCUUCGUUCGACAGCGGCGACGUGGUGCUGUACGACCUGGAGACGUCCCAGAGCGCGCUGGUGCUCAAGGGCCAAGGCGAAGGAAGCCGUCCCGGCUGCCAUCACAUCUACAAGGUGGUGAGUCACCCGACGCUGCCCGUCACCAUCACGGCGCACGAGGACCGAAACAUCAAGUUCUUCGACAACAAGUCAGGGAAGGUGAUCCACGCCAUGGUGGCCCACCUGGACGCCGUCACCAGCCUGGCGGUGGAUUCCAACGGGAUCUACUUGAUGUCCGGCAGUCACGACUGCUCGCUGCGCUUGUGGAAUCUGGACUCCAAGACGUGCGUGCAGGAGAUCACGGCGCACCGCAAGAAGAGCGACGAGGCCAUCUACGACGUGACCUUUCACCCCUCCAAGGCCUACAUCGCCUCGGCCGGGGCCGACGCCCUCGCCAGGGUUUACGUGUAGGGCGCCCGCCCGCCCGCUCGCAGGGGACCCUCGCCGGGGAUGCCCGUCGCUUGCCCCGCCCGUAGGCCGACACGGGCGGCUGACCGAUGACCUCAUCAGUUCACGUGACACUAAAGCCCCGCCCCCCACGCCACCUCUCCUGCCAACGCCGCCGUCAGGGGUGGACCUGACGAGGAUGACGGCGGACAGCUUGCGGCACCAAAGUAUCCAGAGCGCUUCAACAAUUUUGUUGGGGGGGGGGGGGUCCCAACGAUUCGGCCCGUCAAAGGUCUCCAUUCGGUCACCGAUGUCGCGAGCGAUCGUCGGCCUUUUGAUGUAUGUGUGAUGACAUAAUGGAAAUGAUUGAUCCCGAUGGGUGGAGGCGGGGGGCCUCGGGAUGGCCAUCAAGUGAGCCCACCUCGGCGGCGGCGGCGGCCGGCCCAUCGGAGGUGUCCAUUCAGUCGUCCAUGUUGUGACUUUUCGCAGGGACGCCUCUCGGCCCCGCCCAGCCACGUUGCCGAAAUAGCGCUUCGGAUGGGUCCCACCCCUCCGUCCACACAGCAGGUGCAUCAUACAUCGAUGCGGGACCGAAGACCUCGGCGGCGGCUAGCCAAUCAGAACUCGAGUCGACUUCCUGAGCUCUUGUGACGACAUGACAACUUUCAGGAGUGGGGGGGGGGUCUCACCGCUCUGUCAAAGUCAAGGAAGUAGCUGCCAACUCAUUGAAAUUUGUAUUUAUUGGAUUUUUUUUGCUUUCCCCCUUGGUUGCUAGGUAGACCACGUAGCAUCCAGCCGCGGCACGUCGCUCACCGCCGCCACGAGCGCGCUAGCUCACGAGGCGGGAGGGGGCGUCCCGUCGGGAGGCCUCCCGCAGCCCGCCGUGCACUGCCUCCCGAUUGGCUUGGUUAUUUUUUUUUUUUUAACUUAAGGGAUCGAUGGUGCGCCGAGCAGCUGACGUUGACCACGUGACGUGUUACUACUUCCUGUCGGUGUCCUGCAUGACGACCACAAUAAAAGUAUUUUUUCUAGUCUUCCA